ACUCAUCCUCUCUUUUCUAGCUCUCUCUUGCGCCUCGUCCACUCCCUCCCCCCUCCGACAUCUCUCGCUGGGAUCUUGCUGAUAUACUCAAUCCUCCUUCGGCCGCGUCUCGUUUUCCCUUGAAUCGACGCAGGAACUUAAAGUUAUCCAUGGAUUUCGUUUCCCCCAACCAUCAUCAGCCUAUAUUCUCGCCCCAGGAGCUGGACUCAUCUUUCUCUCCGAAUAGUAUCGAACCAGAACAUAGCAGCUAUGAACUCUUUGGUAGUUCUUCAUCAAACGGCGCAUUUGGAUCUCAUUACCGCAGAAACGCGUCUUCCAACUCGUCAAUUGGCCAAGGAUAUGGAAUGAAUGGAGAUGGUGUUUAUUCUCAGCAGAGCUUCAAUGAUUCCGUGCCUUUCACUGGUUCCAACGGUAACAGUUACGAUAUGAUCAACAGCCUACCCUCGUCCUACAGCAGUGGAAAGAUCUCUCCACUUACUCCGAAUGAUCCUGUACAUCCUUCUUCAUUUCCUCCGCCCGCUGCUAUAAAGGAAUACAGUUCUCAAGCGUUCCACGAUUUUAAUGGCACUGAGCGUCGUAUUCCCGGCAUCUUACCCAGCAGCUACCAAUCUGAUCUUCCCGAAGACUACGUGAUGGGUGGCGUCAGCAAUGGCCUUUCAUUUUCAUCUUCUGCCAUGCAGCACUUCCAAGAGAGACUUCGUCCUUAUCAAUCUGGUCAUUCGUCUACGUCUGGCGUUCCGCCACACAUCACUUCCAGCCGUAGUCCAGACAUUCUGCGCACCGUACCUCCUCAGGUCACGCACAGUUUCAGGCCUGACAAUGGUGUAUCAUUCGAGGACGUUCCUUCAUAUAUGGGAGCAAGUGCGGCCUCGAAUGAUAUGGCGCUCCGUAUGUCCAGUGUGGAUGAACAAUUGGCCAGAGUUGGUCUACGUAACCACCCCAUGAUGGGUGUAUCCAACGAUCUGCAGACUUUCAUUCGCCCAUAUCUUGACCAAUACGUACGAACGCCCAAUCGGCUAGCAUUCGGAGAGCGAACUGUAAUCGUCAUGUCAAGUAAAGUCGCCCAAAAAUCUUAUGGGACGGAGAAAAGGUUUCUAUGCCCGCCACCGACGGCGAUAAUGAUAGGCAAUUCCUGGUGGACUGAUGUUGUUCGUCGCGGAGAUGAGUCCAAGUUGUCACCACCGCGAGUUGUGAUAUCUAUAUCAGGCGAGCCGUCGCCUCAGGAAGGUACUGUCGAGUGGACGGGUUCUUCCGGGAAGUCUUUCGAUGUGAACGACCCCCCGACUGGAACAACAUACAUUGGCCGCUGUGUUGGAAAACAACUCUUCAUUUCUGAUGUCGACGAGAAGAAGAAAAAGGUCGAAGCCCUAGUUAAGAUAACAUCUCCAGCGACCGAAGAGGAACCUGAACGGGUGAUCGGUACUUUCCCGAGUCGCCCUAUCAAAGUCAUCAGUAAACCUAGCAAAAAGCGACAAAGCGCCAAGAAUCUCGAGCUUUGCAUCAAUCAUGGUUCGACGAUAUCCCUGUUCCAUCGAUUGCGAUCCCAGACCGUUUCCACAAAGUAUUUAUGUGUGUCCGGUUCAGGAUCCUCGUUUAAGGGAUCAGAUGGCGCACCUCUCAUGGGCCUAGACCAGAGAACCAGGGCCAGCUCGCCUUCAUUCAUAGCCCGAACAGCCAGCUGGGAUCCUUUUGUCAUGUACAUUGUGGACGUGAACAAGCCUGCCGGUGGGAUUGAUGCACCGCCGCCACCGCCUCCUCAGCCAGACUAUCCAUCGCCUCCCCCAAAUGCCAUCCCGUUCACUAACAAUGGAUCACAAAUACCGAUAUAUUAUAACCAAACAGUUGUCCUACAGUGCCUAACGUCGGGCGUAGUGAGCCCGGUCUUGAUAAUUCGGAAGGUGGAUCAUCAAACCACUGUGGUUGGAGGUGGUCUCCAGGACGGCGCGAAAGGUGUUGCUGAUCACUACUGUGCUCUGGGAGAGGUCUGCGGUGAUCCUGUCUCUCAAUUGCAUAAAAUUGCCUUUGAGGUGUAUGACGGUACCAAAGGGGCCCCAGUACCUGGUACACCCGGUGUAUCUGGUGCAUUCCUAUCCUGCAUGGGGGAGAAGGUGAACACCUACCGACCUAUUGAUGGCCGACAAUGGAAUGCGGGCAACGGCGCGAGCUCGCCAGUGCUGCCUGGAUCACCUUUGAAUUCUACUGGGGGUGAUUAUUUUGGCCCGGUUGACAGUGCGCCGGGCUCUCCCUCUUCUGCGUCUGACCUCGUCUCGAACGAUGGUGGGCGUGUUAAGAAGAAACGAUCAACAUCAAGCGCAGGCGCAACCUCUCGCAACGUUGGUGGAAAGAAUCGUCGGCGGCCAAGUUCUGCCGGUUCCAUGACGUCCUCCACGCGUCGCGGGUCGUCAAGCGAUGCCGGAGGAGGCUCUGGGGCAUUGUGGCAAGUCGAUAUCGGUGAAACCAGUGUCUGGACCAUUGUGGGCACGGACCAGGUCCGUUACAACUUUUAUGUACCGCCCGUUUUGUUCGACAACCAGCAUGCGCCACAGACGGGUUCAUUCCCGGUUCCAUCCAAGCCAGUCACUCCAUUCCCGGGCGUGGUAAAAUAUCUUCCUCCUGAUCGUGCAUCAGAAGCACCGAAAACGAAUUGCCCUUCUUCUCGUGCUGUAAUGGCAAAGCCUAAUCCCCACCAGGCGAAGAUGCUGACACUGUAUGGAGAAAACUUCUCCAAGACAGAUCCGGUGGGUGUAUACUUUGGUGCGGAUCCGUCGCCAUAUGUCGAAGUUCGGUGCACAGAGGUUCUUGGAUGUCUUCCUCCCGAUGGUCCAUCCUCAGGCAUCAAGCGCCGCCCGAUUAUUCUCAUUCGGGGGGAUGGAGUUGUAUUCCCCUCUUCCACAAUGUAUCCGUGAUACUGAUACCGUAUUUAUCCCAUCUUUUUGCGCUCCCUGCUCCUGGUACUAUCUUGCUUUGUGUUGCUGCUUCUCUUCAUUUUUGUUGGA